ACUGCGCUCGAGCUGUGAGUGUAAACAGAGUGUUGACAGUUGUUGAGCGCAUGCGCGGAGUGAGUGCUCGUCUUCGCCAUUGUUUUCCUCCAUUUCCAACAUUUGAUUGUCUUUGAAAUGAACGCAAAGAUGAAAGACGACCACGACUUCGACUCGUGGCGGUCGGGCGCGCAGACGCACUACGGCUCGACUCUGCAGCAGAACCACUCCUCCUCAGACCCGUACCACCUGUCCUACCACUACCCGACAGCAGCCAUGUUUCCCUACUCCGACUCCAUGUCUUCGUCGCAGCCCUGGAGCAACGGCGCCGACGCAGUGGCCUUCCUCGGCCAGUACCAGCCCGACCAGCACCAGACGGCGCCACAGCAGCCGCAGGGCCACUACACGAUGGAAGCGAUGUUCGGCUCCCAAACCUCGUAUCCCUUCUCCACGAUGACGAACAACAUGGCGGCGAACAUCCCCUCCACGCCCUUCAACGCGUUCUUCCCCUCCAACAACGACCCCUUCUGGGGCGCCAAUAGCAAGCAGAGCCGCUCGCAGGCCCCGCCCUACGGACGACAGCACGACAACAACGACUACUCCUACCAUUCGGCCGACGCCUACCACGACGUCAAGCAGAUGGAGAGCGGCAUCGCGGGUAACCAUAGCGACCGUUGCAAACAGUCAUGUCACGUGUCUCUCUCUCAAGGUCUCACUCUGGAUCACAUCAAGACUUCGCAACAAGACUUCAAAUCCGCGUCUUUCGACAAGAAGUUCGGCGACUCCGCCGUCGGCUCCGCGCCCAAGAAGACCACGUGGGCGUCCAUCGCGUCGCAGCCGGCGAAACCGCAGCCCAAGUCCCUCAAGUCCAAGAUGUCGUCUUCGGUUCUGACCGGAAGCACUUCGAAGCACUUGCCGCCGACCACUUCCAUGGAGGCCAUCGGCACGUGGGAGGCCAAGAACGGCGCCAUGAAGAGCGUCGCGCCGCCCCCGCAACCCCGCAGCGCGCCCCCGCCCGCGGCGCCCGCCCCGCCGCCCCCGCAGCAGCCGUCGUGGAAUCGGCGCGAGUUGGCGCCGCCGUCGCGCUCCACGGCGUCCGCGCCGACAGUUGUUUCGGCGCUGGAGAGCGUUUUGGCGAAUCAUCCGGUUUUGGAUAAACUGAAAGUGGAGAACAAUUACAACCCGAAGGACUUCGACCUGAACCCUCGGAACGCGCGCUUCUUCAUCAUCAAGUCGUACUCGGAGGACGACAUCCACCGCUCCAUCAAAUACUCGAUCUGGUGCUCCACAGAACACGGCAACAAACGGCUGGACAACGCGUUCAAAGCGCACGAGAACAAAGGGCCCAUCUACCUGCUCUACUCCGUCAACGGCUCCGGUCACUUCUGCGGGAUGGCGCAGAUGAUGUCGUCGGUGGACUACGCGUCGUCGUCGUCGGUGUGGGCGCAGGACAAGUGGAAGGGGCAGUUCCGCGUCAAGUGGGUGUACGUGAAGGACGUGCCGAACGCGCAGUUGCGUCACAUCCGGUUGGAGAACAAUGAGAACAAACCGGUGACCAAUUCGCGCGACACGCAGGAAGUGCCGUUCGAGAAGGGCAAGCAGGUGAUCAAGAUCAUGCACCACUUCCGGCACACCACCAGUAUUUUCGACGACUUCCUGCACUACGAGAAGCGCCAGGAGGAGGAGGGCCAGCGCCGCGACCCCUCACCACCCCCGCCGCCCCCUACCGGCCACAAGCGACAACAGCACCAACAACAGCAGCAGUGGAAGUGA